CGGAUCUGUAAUAAUUGCUUUCGUUAAUCAGUUUGUUUAGUGAAUAAAUAAUAGUAUCGGAACUGAAAACCCGCGUCUGCUGCAGUUUGACUGAGGAAAAUAUAUCUAGAGAAAACUGCACAGGCAGCGGCGUAUCUCGCGAGAGAAAUAUAAAUACCUGCAAAUAUUCCAACACAAACAGAAAAGAAUAGAUAAAAGAGCAGCAGAAAUUAUUACGAAAAUGCGCCCAGAAUUUAAGAAAUAAAGAAGCACAAAUAUAUAUUUCGAUCGCAGCGUAACGAAGAAAGUAUUCGUUGUUUAUUUAUGUUGUGCGUGUGUGAGUGGGGGGCACAAACAGCUGUGGGGGCAACAAAAGCAACAACCGCGAAUAUCCCAAGCGUUGAAUAAAUUUCUUCAGCAGCCGCCAGCGACAACAGUUCUGAAAUUCUGAAAAUCCCCGUGUUUUUCUCAACAAAUAUUGAACAUUUUCUCGUGUAGUCGUCAGGUGCAAAAACACACUCGCUCAGUCACGACAAAGAGGGAUUGUGAUUAGUCGGAAAUAACCCCAUCCACGCCCGCGUCAUGUAUCUACGGGAAAUGCUUUUGAUGGCCUGCCUGGUGCUGCUGUCCGGCGGUCUUCCGCACCUCACGUCCACCACCACAACCACCACUCUUGUGGCUGCUAUGUCCAUCGCCAACCAGGACUUGGAGCGCUAUUUUAGGCCGGGGAAUGGCACCCUCAGCUUCGCCGGCAUCGAGGACCGUAUUGCAGUGGACGUCUACAACUAUGCCUUUCUCAACUGGUCAUAUGUGGACCACAGCAACAUCUUGUGCAGCAUGGACUUUCCGCAGGAGCAGGCUCGCUACGGCGAGGGUAAGGUGCUAAACAUCACCGGGCGUUUGGUGCACAUCAGCGCCACGGACAAUGUCAACGACGAUUUUGCCUGCACGCCCUACAUCAGGGGCACUAUGGGAGCCCCCACACCCGAAAAGGGCGUGACCUGGAUUGCCUUGGUUCGGCGUGGACGCUGCACCUUCGAGGAAAAGGUCAAGCAUGUCUACCAACAGAACGCCGCCGGAGUCAUUAUCUACAAUGACAAGCAGGUGAUGCAGCUAGAGAAGAUGCAGAUCAAGGGCAAGACAAGAAACAUAGCGGCGGUCAUAACUUAUCAGAAUAUUGGACAGGAUUUGGCCAUGACGCUCGAUCAGGGCUAUAACGUGACAAUGUCCAUCAUCGAGGGCAGGCGGGGCGUUCGUACCGUCAGCAGUUUAAAUCGAACAUCAGUGCUUUUCGUGUCCAUAUCCUUUAUUGUGCUGAUGAUUAUCUCGCUGGUCUGGCUAAUUUUCUACUAUAUCCAGCGGUUCCGCUAUAUGCAGGCGAAGGACCAACAGUCGCGCAAUUUAUGCUCUGUCACCAAAAAGGCCAUCAUGAAGAUACCAACGAAGACGGGAAAGAUCAGUGACGAGAAGGACUUGGAUAGCGACUGCUGUGCUAUAUGUAUUGAAGCCUACAAGCCGACAGACACCAUUCGAAUAUUACCUUGCAAGCACGAGUUCCACAAAAACUGCAUCGAUCCGUGGCUGAUCGAGCACCGAACUUGUCCUAUGUGCAAGCUCGACGUGCUCAAGUUCUAUGGAUAUGUGUUUCUAGGCAGUGAGGAGAGUAUCCUGGAAUACCAGCCAGACCCGCCAGAGCGGGUGGCAAUUGUGGAUGCAGAAGGCGCCUCUGCCCUUGAGCCCGUGUCCGGACAAGCUCCAGUUCGGCCCAGAGCUCUAGCGGAUCUCAUUCGGAGUCGUGAUUUUGUAAUCGACUUUCCUCGAGUAUUUGUCAUGGAUACCGGCAGUGUGGUAGGAGCUCGUGAAGUGCUCUUCCCCAGCCGAUUGCCCGAGCGAUCUCAGAGCUCCUUGUCGCUGAGGCAAGCCCGCGACUGGAUGUGCCUGAUGAGCAACAAACUGGAGGAACAGCAGGGUCUGCGACGUCUGCGCAAGGAAGAGAUGCAGCAGCAACUUCUUAGCGCGCGGGAGUCCGCCCGUCACCGGCGCUCUCGUUCUGCAGAUGGGCGGUACUCAACGGGAUGCUUUGGUGGCCGCCAGCGCCAGCCCUCUGUCCAAGGGUCUGCUGUCCAAGGGCAGUCUCAGCACCAGACGGUGGUGGAUGUCCCCCAGAUGCGGCGCACCAGCUCCUCGCAGACCCUGCAGCAGCUGACGGACGCCUCCUACGCCCAAUCCCGGCAGAGGCAGCGUGAGACCUUCGACUUUGCCAGGACGCGGCGUCGGUUUAUAAGACGAGAGAGCGACGAGAUCUCCUUGCGCUCCCUGGUCAGGCGCUCCUGCCCCCAGCAGGCUCACCGGGUGAGAGACGCCGAUGGAAGCGGCCACAGUGACCAAAUCACUAUUCAAGUGAAUGGCGAAGGUGUCCACCUCAACGAGUGAUUGUAAUGGCUUGCGAUUAUUAA